AUGCAUCCAGCAAGACACAAGUGGGCCCGGUGCUCAGAGCGAGGCGGUGUCUGCGUUCCAGGGAAAGCCGAGAAGAAAAAAUGGAAGGAAAUGAAGCUCCUGAAGAAACUGGAGAAGCAGCGGAUGCGGGAGCUGGCGGAAAAACAGGCAGAGAAGCAGGAGGAGCAGAAGGAAGACAAAGGGCGUCCCUACGCGCUGAGCGUGGCCCUGCCGGGCUCCAUCCUCAACAACGCCCAGUCGCCGGAGCUGAGGACCUACCUGGCUGGGCAGAUUGCCAGGGCCUGUGCCAUCUUCUGUGUGGAUGAGAUCGUGGUGUUUGAUGAGCUUGGAGAAGGUGCAAAGACUGUGGAGGGGGACUUUGAAGGAAUUGGGAAGAAAGGCAAAGCAUGUGUGCAGCUGGCUCGGAUCCUGCAGUACCUGGAGUGCCCUCAGUAAGUGCACCAUGGUCACACUGAGCAUCAGGACUGACCCCCAUGGGCAGUGCAUGGCACAGGGCUCCUCAACCCCCUGGACAGUCCCCACCACAUGCGUGUGGAUGAGGAGUCUGAGUACCGGGAAGGUGUCGUGUUGGACCGGCCAACUAAGCCAGGCAGAGGCUCUUUUGUCAACUGUGGGAUGAGGAAGGAGGUACAGAUUGACAGGCAGCUGAACCCUGGGCUGCGAGUCACCGUGCGCCUAAAGGAGCCCCAGAAACCAGAAGCCAAAGUGCGGAAGGGCACCGUGGUGUCCUCACAUCACCCCCGGACCGUGUCGGGCUGGUACUGGGGUUACAGCGUCCGCCUCGCCUCCUGCCUCAGUGCUGUGUUUUCCGAGUGCCCCUUCCAGGAAGGCUACGAUCUCUCCAUUGGAACCUCAGAGCGAGGCAGCUCCGUGGACCAGGCCACUCUCCCCUCCUUCAGGCACGCCCUGGUUGUCUUUGGAGGGCUUGAGGGCCUGGAAGCUGGGCUUGAUGUGGACCCAAACCUGGAGGUCACCGACCCAAGCCUCCUGUUUGACUUCUACCUGAACACCUGUCCCAGCCAAGGCAGCCGAACCAUCCGGACAGAGGAAGCGCUGCUGAUCUCACUCUCUGCACUGAGACCCCACAUCAACAAGGCUGUGACACCCAGUGACACCUGUGGGAAGGAAAACCCCUGA